AUGGCCUACACCCAUUCUACGCUCUUCUCCAACACUCUCCGAUUCCCACUCUCCUCCUUCCCCAACCGCAACCUCCAUCCACUCUCCACACACCUCUUCUUCUCUCGCCCCCUCACAUUCAAAGCGGUUAGCGUCAAUCGCAAGAGCUUUUCUCCCCCGCUGAAAGCGUCGAUGACGGAAACCAACAACGUUGCCGUUGAGGUCUUAGAAAAAGAUGAUCUUGCCGUGUCUCUGGCCAAAUACGUUGCCGAUCUCUCCAAUAAAUUCACUUCGGAAAGAGGGGCUUUCACUGUUUGCUUGUCUGGUGGCUCUUUGAUCAACUAUCUCAGGAAGCUGCUGGAACCGCCUUAUGUUGAUUCUCUUGAAUGGUCCAAAUGGCAUGUGUUUUGGGUGGAUGAGAGGGUCGUGCCUAAGACUCAUGAUGAUAGUAACUACAAGCUUGCUUUAGAUGGACUUCUCUCCAAGGUACCAAUUCCUCCGGGCAAUGUCUAUGCAAUCAAUGAUGCCCUUUCAGCUGAGGGAGCAGCCGAUGAUUAUGAGACAUGCCUCAGACAACUAGUCAAGAACAGCGUGAUUGCCACAUCACCAGCCAGCGGAUUUCCAAAAUUUGAUCUCAUGCUGCUGGGCAUGGGCCCUGAUGGCCACGUAGCUUCUUUGUUCCCAGGGCAUCCUCUUGUGGAGGAGAAUAAGAGAUGGGUUACCUUCAUCAAGGACUCCCCCAAACCACCCCCAGAGAGAAUAACCUUCACCUUUCCAGUGAUUAAUGCCUCUGCUUACGCAGCACUUGUGGUAACCGGCAAGGGUAAAGCAGAUGCAGUUCACUCUGUCUUAGGCAAAUCUCAAAACUCUGCUAAGCUUCCUGCUGGAUUGGUUUCACCUGAAGGGGAGUUGAAAUGGUUCUUAGACAAAGGUGCAGCCUCAAAGCUCACUUACUAUAAGCAAGAAAUGUCCUCAAACCACAUGGGCAAUGCAAUUUUGGGGGAUGCAAACAAUGCACUCCUUACCUCGUCCAUCAUACUUAAAAAUUUUUCACACAACAGGCCAUUGUCGGAUCUCAAAGUAGCAAUUGAUGGCAAAACAAAAACUAGGAAAACCAAUGGACCCCACAACAAUAGCAAGUAUCAUAUGGUACAAAAACUUGCAUUGGCAAUUCGCUUCCGAGAAACAAAGUCUGGAACGAGCGAUCACGGAAAGGGCAUUAUCGUAAUUUCACUCUCCAUGGUCACAUCCACUCACUCGAACUCCACCGGUGACACUCACUUCUUCACCGGCGCCGCCGGGUUGGUUUCGAUGUCCGCGGCGGCGGUCACUCCGGCGGUGCUCUUCACAGCCCUCGCCGGCCUUGCUUUCGUCGCCGGACUAUUCUGCGGUGCUAGUAGGUGA